AUGAAAGACUUGGUUUGGACUAGGGCGGAUUCGAACCCCGGAUCAAUCGUACAGCCAGCGGAACCUCUAACCGACUGCGCUAUGCCCACUCCCUUCACUAGCCAUUGCCAUGUGAACGGAUUCGAACCUCCGAUAGAUCGUGUAGACACAGCUGGGCCUCUUACCGACUACGCUAUACCCGACCCUGGAAUAACCGAAAUACUAGCGCUCGGAAACUGGAAUGAGCGAGUUUCUCGAGAAUUUAUUCAGUCGAAUAUCAAAUGA